AUGUUAAAAUUAGAUCAAUAAGAAUUAAUUAUUCAGAGAAUUAAAUCAAAAAAGCCAAUAUUCAAGACAGUAAGCGAAAUAGAACAAUUUCCCAAGUUAAUUAAAAGCAGAGAGGCAAUUCAAAAAUCAAUUUUAUCAUAAAUUCAAAGAUCAGUUUCAAAUAUAGAUGUGGAUCCUUUAACAUAUGGAUAAAAAGAAUUGAAAGAUGUGAUGAAUUAAUUGGAAGAAUAAUUGAAGACAGUUUUCCUGCCUACAUUGCUUUUAGACGAGAAAAAAAAAUCAAAAUUAUUGAUAAAACAAGAAUCUAAACAACUUGAUUAUGAAGAAAGCAAUCAUCCAAAAAAAUAAAGAGUUGACAAAAACAAAUGUAGGAAAUGUAAACAAUCUACAAUCCCUAUGAUAUUAAAUCUACUGUAACAAACAGAAAAUUAGGACACAAAUCCUCAUGUCACUAUGAAAUCUAUUAGAUAGCAAAUAGUUCAAAAAUCAUAGAAAAAAGAAGAAUAAUCGGAAUCUAAAGUUCCAUAUAUUGCUUUCGAUUAUUCCGAUCGAAUUAUUAUUUGUAAAAGGUGCAGAUUUAAGUUUCAUGCUGAAUGUGUCUAAGUGCAUGAUAAUAUAAAUGAUUGGAUUUGUGAUUAUUGUUAAGACAGAAUAUAAGAAUUAAAAAGCUCUAAUCAAUGGGAUUACAUAAACAAUAAAUAGUUGAAAUAGUAGGUGUGUCCAGGUUCUGAAUAAAAAAAGAUUUAUUUAUCAUUAAUAGAAAGAAUUUAAAAAAAAUAGAAAGUCUUUAUAAUCGAAGAAAUGGAAAUAACAUCCUUCAAGCCAAUUGAUUAAAUCUCCAUUUUCUUAAAGAAAUAUCCACAUUAUAGAGGUUAAAAUGGAAAAAUAAAAUAUCCUGUUUUAGAAAAGUUGGCUCUAGAUUAUCCAGAAGUUCUGGAAAUUAAACAGAAACCAUAACCAUAUAUGAUAAAUUCUAAUUUAGUUGAGGAUAUCCUUAGAAUAUAAACGAGUUAUUAGAUUAUGUUUCCUAAUUGUUAGAUUCCAUAGAAUGUUAAUUAAGAUUAUAUAGAGAAAAACUUUUAUGAAAUCCUUAUGAAUUUGCUUAACGAAUAUUUCAAUGACUUUAUGUUAUCAGAUAUGUCUAAAUUUGAAAAGUACUGCCAUUAGGCUAACUUUUAAGCAACUGCAUUUUUAGAAAUAAUGAAUUUUUUGUAUGUGCACUAAGAAAAUUAAAUGAAAGACUUGAUAAAAAAGACAUGGAUAGAAUGUGUGAUAUAAAUCGAUCAAAUUAUAAAUUAUGAUUGCGAGUCUAACAUUAAUAAAAUCAAUUUUAACAGUUUAGAAUUUUCAGAUUAAAUAUACAUAUUAAGUUUAUUAACAGAGGGUUUAUAUGAUUUAGAUAAGAUGAAGGAACAAAUAAAGUAAAAGGAUUCUUCGAUGAAUUAUAAACAAUCUCAUUUAAAAAUAUUAUUUUAACACAAUUAAUCUGCCUUUAUUAAUUGUGGAACAUUUCUUGGUUAAGAUGCUGAUGAAUAAUAAUAUUUUUAUUUUACUCAUGUUCCUAGCUCAAUCUUUGUUGAAACAAUGACAGGCUGGGGUCAAUAUACCCUCUCUGAUUUAUCAGAAUUAAUGAAUGCACUCAAUUUAUAAGGAGUUAAUGAAUCAAACUUAUUUGAAAAUUUAGAAUUAAUAAGUUAAGUCAAACUCUUUGAUAACACAACUCCAUUGAAACCGUAGAAUCGUUUAAUUUAAAAAUAGUAAUAUAAUCUAGAAAAUAUUGAAGUUAUUGAAUAGUUUUUGCUUACUGAAGAAGCAUAUACAAAAUACUUAUAAUCUAAAGAUUUGAUAUGGAUAGAAAAUCAUUAGAAACAAGACUUUUAUCAAUUAUUAAAGAAUGAAAAAGAACUAUAAUCUAUAAUAUAAGCACUAAAAAUAUUUUAUAAUGGCUUAUUAUAAUUAAAAUCGAAUGAUGGGUAUCAUAUUAAGCCCUUCAAGUUAUUUAAAUUAGACUUUUAGCUUGCAAACUAAUUAGCAAUAUUUGUGGACAAUGCAUCAUCUUAACACAGCGUUUAUAUUUCUUUAAUUACUUUAAAUUUAUUUUUAGAUGAAUAUCAGCAAUAUCAAUCUUAAAAAGAGUUACAAAAUAAAAGAAACCAAGUUUUACGGAAACUUCCUUCAAAAGCUAAUCCAAAAGAAGUUAAACAGAUAAAAAAAAAGUCAAAAUUAAAACCUAUUGAGGAUGAAUCUAUUGAAUAGGAGCUAAGUCUUUAAUAUCCUAGAAAUUUAGCUAACAAAAGAGAAAAAAGGGAAAACGCAGGAAAAAAUCCGAAUAUCAACUUUGAUUAGUAAACGAAGAAUCAAAAGAAAAUAUCUUGUACAUCUUGUAAGAAAUAGUUUUCAUAAGCUUCUCAAUGUGUUUAAUGUUCAAGAUGCAACAAACCAUUUCAUCAGGAAUGUUUAGUAGUAAGAAAAGAUUAUUGCAAAAAUUGUGUCAGAAAUGGAAGCAAGAAAUAAAAAUGA